AUGGAAUCCACAAAGUGGCAUGCAUGGCCUCUUACCUCUGGCCUGGGGUCCCGACGUUUGGCGGACUCUCCACGCCGUUGCGCGCUUCGGCAAAGUCAUGUGCCAUCCAUCCUCGCCAAACUCCAUCAAGGGAACGGCCCCGAACGGUCGGGACCCGGUGACCAGCCGCCCACCGUCCCAUCCACAUCCAUCUCUGGAUUGCCGCCCAUCCCUCCAGUGCCACGCGUAGGGACGUGCGUACAGGUGCCCCACCAGACCUUUAUCGACAUGGGCCACAGCUCGGACCGCUUCUGGACCCUAGCCACACACACACUGGUGCCCCCCACACACCGCAAGGACAUGGCCAUCCUUCUGGCGUGUCUGGAGAGCGUGUACAGGGCUGAGUAUCAGCAGCUAGCUGGGGAGGCCAUUACGGCCAUUUCCGCUGCCAACAACGCCCACGUGCGCUCAGAUGGCUCCGUGACGGAACACCAGAUCGAACCCGACGGCGGCCUUUCCAACGCCGCAGCUGCGGCUUCCACCUCUGCCACGUUGGACACGCGAGAGGGCCAACGGCCGCAGCAGCAGCGGGGGGGGGAAAGGGAAAGUAAAGGGGAAGGGGAAGGGGCCCUGCGGGUGGCGGCCGCCGCAGCAGCCGUGAUACGGUCGCAAGGCGUGGUGGCGGAGGCUGCGAGCUCGGUGGACGAGGGGGGCGGUGCCGGCGAAGGCGGCGGGCGGGCAGAUGAUGGGGACUGGGUCGGAGUUGGAGACGGGGACGGAGCUGAUGGCCCGGUGCUGUCCGCGGCUGAUCUGGACUGGGAGGCGCUUCGUCAGCUGCUGCGGCUGGCGCGGCGAGCAGGGUACCAGCCCCUCACGAUCCGCGAUGUGCGGCUGGCGGAUUCUCUCAACACGGACUACCUCAGCCAGCUCUUCAUCAAGGGGUCGCCCCUUCGACUGGACGGAGCACUGGUGGAGGAUUUCGUGGACCCCUCCCUGCCUGCGGAGGCUCGUCCGGUGCUGCUGCUACAGCGGGGCUACGGCCGGGAGCUGCAGUCCGGCCGGCUGCUGCUGCAGAAGCUAGACUACCUGCAGACGUUGGCUGUGGGUCAGGCGGGCGGCUGGGCGGGCGGCGCGGCGGCGGUGCUGGCGGCGGUGCUCUUCGGGACCUUUGAAGAGGCCGGCCCCGGCGCGGUGGUGCCGUUCUUCGUAGAGGGUGACACGAGUUCGCCGGAGGUACAAAAACGGGCGGUGGAGGCGCCGCUCUCGGACGCCGAUUAUGGCAGCGGGCUACGUGCCAGUGGUUUCUUACCAGGAGCGCACCAGGGCGUUUUGGACUUGCAGCAACAGGAGCAGCAGCAGCAGCAGCAGAUGCAGGUCCCCCGGCUGUCAGCGGGGCCGGAGAGCCAGGCAGGCGGUGAAGAGGGCCAACCGCCGCCGCCGGUCUCCCGGCGCCGAAACGAAGAUGGGUCGGCGCUUGCGCGGCGGGCCGAUGGUUCAUCCGGCGGUGGGGAUGCAGUUGCGGAAUCCUGGGAGGCGGCACCCGGGGGGGGAAACCCCGGCCGGGAGCCAGGCGCAGCUGUAGCCGCCGCGCCACCGGCGGCGGGGACGGCGGCAGCAGUGGCAGCUGCGGGGACGGCAACGGCAGAUGCCAGUACAGUUACCGCCGCCUCCGCCGCCUCCGCCGCCGCUGACGGAUCCGUGGUGGCGUCAGAGGCUUCGUUGGGAAAAAAGGUGCAGGUUGAGACGAGGCCGCCGGUGGCGGAAUUCGCGCAGCCAACCACCAUCACCGGCGGUACGAUAGUCGACAACGAGUCAGCCGUACAGGUGCUCAGGGCCACCGUUAGCGGCGAGGCGGCUGGGCGCGGCGGUGGAGCAGCAUCACCAUCACCAGCCGCUUGCCUGGUGCCGAAGGUCGCGGAAUCGGAGGCGGCGGUUUCGGAGCCUCAGCCAACGCCGCCACCGUCUCCGAAUCCAUGGACGGCCGCGUUGUCUAGACUGUACUCCGCACUCUCCGACUGGGGCCUGGUGCCCAGAACCGACCUAAUCCCGCUGGCCGCCUUCAACUCGCACUUCCCCGUACGGGAGCGCCCCGGCCGCCCGCCGCUGUACAUCUGCAAGGUGUCCCUGGGUGACGCACUGGGCGGAGCGGAGUGGCUGCGGGGGGGGUUGCGCGGCCUGCUGGAUGGGCUGCUCAGGGAGGAGCCCACAUUCCGGGAGGUGAUGGUGCUGUACCGCCCCGCACACAGCCGCAUGGUGCACACCCUGGAGCCGCCGCCGCCGCCGCCGCCGCCACGGCAUCGUUCCGGUGUCACAAACCCGUGGAGCCGCUGGCAAGGCGACGCCGUCGGGUGGCGGCGCAGGCCCCAGCAGACGCGAGAGUACGAGAGCGGCGACGGGUACGGCGACGGUGUCGCCGUGCCGCCAGCGAUGGAAGCACUUGGUGGCGACGACGGUGGCGGUGGCGGUCAACGCCUCCGCCGCCUCCGCCGCCUCCGCCGCCGCGCCAACCGCGGCCUGGGUUCCGACUGGCUGCGGCGGCUUUGGGCUGGCUGGCGCGGCGCUGACGAGGAGCCGGCUGUACGGCGGCCACCGAUCCAGAUUCGGAUCUACAGAGACAUUCCGCUUCCGACUUGGAAGGUCGUACUUCCGGAGAAGCUACUGCAGUUUCGGCCCUUGGACUUGUUGCGUGUGGACCUGUUUGCCUUGGCGGGCUUGGCGGGACUCCUGGCGCAGGCUCGGUACGACAGCAUGCUUGUGGACGUGAUUACGUUUGGAUCUGCUGCGGUGCUGCUUGUCCGUAUCAUCUUGGGCUAUCAGCGAAUGGCGGACAGGUUUCGAUCCGUGGUGAACGAGCUGCUGGCCGAGAAGGCUCUAGCGGGCCAGGAGGGCGCGGUGGAGGCUCUGGCCAUGGCGGCCGCGCAGCAGCAGCUCAGGCAGUCGGCACUGGCGUACGUGCUGCUGCUGCACCACUGCAAACCGGGAGGAGGGGGAGGAGGAGGAGGAGGGCAGCAGGAGCUACAGCGGCUACAGCAGCAGCAGGACAGUGAGGAGGAGGAGGAGGAGGAGCAGUCAGAGCGGGCAGCAGCUGCUGCAGCAGGGUGGGCAGCCGGGAGUGCGGAGGCGGGAUCGUCCGGGGCCGGCCCCGCCAUGGCCACGACCUCGCAGCUGCAGGAGCUGGCGGAGUGGGCGCUCGCCCACCACAGCGGCGUGCGGGUGCGCUUCAACGCCUGCGAGGCACUCCACGAGCUCAUGCGGCUGGGCCUGGUGGUGCAAGUGACAAACCAGGAGGGCGUGGACCGCAGCCUGGGCGGCCGUAGCUAUGGCGCGGAAAAAAACGGCGGUGGCGGCGGUAGAAGCCGUGACAGCGAGAAUGAAGACGUGGGUGACAUACUGCCAGGGGGAGGAGGAGGCGUGCGGUGGCGCGACAGUGCCGACGAUGCGUUAAAUCGCCGUCAGGGCGGCGGCGGUGGCGGCGGCACAGUCGCCACCAGCCCGUACGGCAUCCGUACGACAAGGGGUCAACGGGGUUUUGACCUGCCCAGUCCGGAGGAGGAGGACGCGGGUGGUUGCGGCUGUGUCGUGGACGAGGACGAGGACCAGGGUUGGGGCUGGGAGCUGUGGGCAGAUGGUCGUACACCAGCUCGGGGUCCGGUGGCCGUGGAUCCUUUCCGGAUCCAGAAGACUGCGGUCUUGGGCGGCCCUGCGGACGGCGGCGACAGCAUGACUGGAGCGCUUGGCAAUCUGAGCGGCCCUCGGCUAGACACGCUCCGUGCUGCCAAGCUGUGCUUUGAUGUGCUCCCAGCACUAGCACGGCGUCCUCCCUGGAGUCAUCUGACUGUGGCCUUAUCAGCUUCAGAGUCAAAGGCCCGCAGCCGCCAGCCCAGCAGCCAUGUCAGUUCGCCGCCUGAACACAGCGACCAACCACCGGCACCCUCCGAAACCACCAGCCUUCUGGCUCCACGGACAAGCCGAAUCCGCCGUACACGGCCUGCCGCAAAUGCCGCCUCCGAUGCCGCCUCAACCCCCGCGCGCGCCAGAGGCGACACAACCAGCGGGGUUCCCGGCCGCCGCGGCAGGGAGCCGGAGGGGCGAGGCAGCGCCAACACCCAGGACCAACAAAACCGGGCUAGGGGCAGCGAGGAGGCGGCGGUAUCUGGUUCCUUAGGAGUGUCUACGCCGGGGCGGAGCCGCCGCCACGAUACGGCUAUGGCUAAUGCAAGCGGCUGCAAGCUGCCGCCGCCGCCGCCGCUACCGCCACCGCGGCCGUCCUCUGUCCUGCGUAGUGUUCCAGGAGCUGGGAGGCGGGAUGGAGGGGUGGCGGCGGCGGUGAGGCGGCGGAGCCGCAGCAUUCCUGCAGCCUCCGACAGCGAUGGCAGCAGCGGCAGCAGCGGCAGCAGCACUCCUCAUCGGGCGAUGUUGUCCUGGCGGACCAAGUACGUGCCGGGGGAGCUGGCGGGCGACCUGCUCACCUUCGCCGCCAGCGUACGACAGGAGGCCGCUGGCUGGCACCCGCUGCAAAUCAGCGCCGCUCUCAACCACACCGUCAAGGGCAGCACCGGCGGCGGCAGCGGCGGCGGUGAGGGACGGGCGAGGGACUGGGAUGCAGCGGCGGCGGCGGCGACGAUGAAGACUGUACGGGAAGUCCUGAACAACCUGUACGGCGCACUGAUGCCACACAUUCCGUCCAUUUCCUAUGCGCGUUACGCCGUAAACCCCCUGUGGGUUUGUGCCAAGACUGGCUACUGGGGCGCCGAGGGCAGCGGCUUCAUGGAGGGCCUGCUACAGCGGCUGCGGGGGGACGGCUACCAGCUACUGCAACAGCCUAACGGUCAGACACAUGGUAUCCUUUGGUGGGCGUUAUCGGAGUACGACCAACAACAAAAGGAACAGCAACGACAACCGUUGUACGAGCAGCAACAGCAGCAGCAACAGCCCCAGCUGCUGCAGCUGCAACAGAAGGAUAGGUCUGUGGGGCAGGCAGGGGCCGGCGACGGAUCGUCAAGACUCGACGAGGGGGUGGCGGCGGUGCAGCCGGCAGGCCUGGACCUGUUGCGUGUCUCUGUUUCGGUGCUUCAGCGACAUGAGAGGCUGGAUCCUGAAUCCUUCACGCCCCAGAGCCUCUGCAACAUCUUCUUGGCGGCGGCGCGGCUCAAGUACGACAAUGAUCCGGACUUCAUUGUGCACCUUGUGGAGAACUUGGUCGCGCACCCCGGACCGCUCCAACCGCAGGACAUCUCCAAUACCGUCUACGCGCUGGGGGAACUGUACGGAACUGAAGGCGACGCGGACGUGGUAGAUGUGGGUGUGGGUGUGGACGACGAUGAUGAUCCCACAGAGGGCCCGGACCGCGGUAAAGCCAGGCGGGGGAGCGUCUGCACGGCCGCGGGGCUUGCGGGCCAAUGGAACAGCAGCGGCAGCAGCAGCAGUAGCAGCAGUGGUGGUGGUGCUGCUGCUGCUGGCGAAAGCACACCUGCUGCUGAAGAAGAAGAAGUACCCGGGCGCGGGUUGCCAGCUGUGUUAUUGGGUCAUGUGCGGUCGCUGGCGUGUCGGGCGCUGCUGGUCGGACUGGACCGCUUCAACCCGCAGGCCCUCACCAACACACUGUACGGCCUAGCCCGCCUGAGUCCCCGACUGAUGACGGACCGCAGCGGCGGCGACCCGGAGGAUAAGGAUGGGGAUGAGGAUGAUGACGACCACAUCCAGCAGCGGGUGGUUCAGAAGCGGUACCACCACCACCAGCGGCAGCAACAGUCCGCAGCCAGGGGUGCGACGCCGGCCUUCUCCGCCUCCACUCGCAGCGCUCGCCACCCCCAGGGGCCGCUCCCACCUUCCGACGGCGGUUUGCCUGAGGACCCGGAGACCGCGUGGCGGCUGUUCGUGGUCCAGUUGGGGGAUCACGUCCGGGAGCGGCUCCAGUACGAACCCAGGACUUUCAACGCGCAGGACCUAGGAAACGCCACGUGGGCCCUCGCCCACCUCGGGUACGACGACCAGUCGUACUACACGGUUGCCGUACAGGCUGUGCUCCAGGGCAGCUGCAUGGAAUCUGCCACACCGCAGAACUGGGCGAUGUUCUUGUGGGCGCUCGUAGAGCCCUGUCGGUGGUACGGGGACUUACGUGCCUGGAGCAGCUUACCGUGGCUGCUGGCGUGUUUGGGUAUGUACGACACGGCCGUGAUGGACUGGAUUGCUUGGGCGGCGGGUACGACAUCAUGUCGUGGAUUGAAGCCGCACUGGCUGUCCCGGAGCUUGUGGGGCAUGGCGGUUCUACCGGGGGCGGCUUUGGUACGACACGGGGAUCUGGCGGCGGCGCUGGUGGCGGCGGUGAACCAGGUGGAGGUGCAGCGGUUCAAAGAGCAGGAGCUGGUCCAGCUGUGGCAGACCCAUUUGGAACUCAGCUGGGCUGCAGCACACUCGCCGUCUCCGGCUGGUGGUUUGCAGCGCCUGGCACGGGAAGAUGAGUUGAGUUUCGGAGGGGCGGAGGCCUCUGCGCCGGGGCCGCAGUCGCCGUGUCAGCUGCAGCUGCGACCCGACCUGGUCGUUGCAGGGCGGCGGGUAACGGUGGCUAUCACCGCCCAGAUCGCGUCCAAGCCACUGCUGCGGGUGUUCGGGCGGGACAACGUCAAGUGUGUGCCCCUCUGGGAGUGGGACUCAAUCAGCGUGACCGCGAGGAGGGCGUACCUGGCACGGCUGCUAGGGCUAUGA